GCCUCGAUAUGCGGUAUCGGCUUUACCUGCUGUCAUCUGCUGUCGUCUAGGAAUGACGUCAGUUAUGGGUUUGAGUGGGCAUUGUUGGAAUUAAUGCAAGCGCAUAGUUUACUUUUAUUUCCUCAAAAAUAAUUUAGACAGGAACUUUAAACAGAAAUACCUGACGUAAUAUUAUGGCCACUUCAGAAAUGGAUGGGAAGAAUAGUGAUGUCAAGUUCAACAUGUGUGCGGUACAUGAUGCUUUUUCCGCGUGUCUUCUGGAAGAUGAUGAUGUGGAAAUGGACAGCUACUUAUUAGCUUACAAAGAAUUAUAUAUUUUUUUUCAGCUUAUGGGAAAAGUAUUUGCCUUUGUUGCAUCAGAUGUCAAGAGCAAAAUAGAAAUUCUUGAAGAACUUCGUCAAGGUGAAAAUGGAGAACAUUUUUCAACUUUAAAGAAAAUGAUUAGAUAUGAAAGUGAAAAUGGACUUUUAAAUAAAUCUGGUUACACUUCUGGUAGUCGUACCUUGCUGCGACUGCACAGAGGAUUAGAUUUCAUCAAGCUAUUCCUGCAGAAAGUAAGUGAACUUCAAGAUGAAGAUAAGACAUGUGGAGUUUGUCAAGAAGCUUACAAUUCUACACUAGCCAAUUUUCAUCCCUGGAUUAUACGGAAGGGAGCAACUGUGGCAAUGUAUGCUCUUCCUUCCAGAGAGGGCUUACUGCAGAAGGUAUGUGGUCCUGAUGAAGUACAAGAUGCAAUAGAUAUUCUGCCCAAGAUGUUGCAAGUGACAGGUGAUGCCUAUGAUCGCACUCAGAAACAUUAUACUGAAAAUGAUCUCCAUGGUCUGCCUUAGCUUGCUUCUGUGACACAAUGCCCAUCUUAUUUUAUUAAAUUUCCUCUUAAACACGUCACUCGAUGUCAUAUACAGCAAUAUCAGAAUCUUAAUUUGGAUAAUCUGCGGUACAUAAUGGGAGUGGGAUUGUGAAAGAGUACUUCUGUGAAUUCACACUUUGAUGUUUUUUUUUGCCGAGUUUUACUUAUAUUGCUUAGAAUGGAGAGCUGUUUUUUUUUUGUUGAGUUUUACUUAUAUUGCUUAGAAUGGAGAGCUGUUUUUUUUUGUUGAGUUUUACUUAUAUUGCUUAGAAUGGAGAGCUUAAACAAAACUGUGCAUCGAAAGAAAAUUCACAGUAAUAAAACCUUUCUGUGAAAAAUGUGUAGUAUUUUUUUAACAGAUCAGAUUCUCUUCCAUACAAUAUAUUUCUGCUCCUAAAAUGGUUGCCUCACAUGAAGUAUGUAACAAAUUAACUGCUGCAUGAAUGCUCAAAAAUAUUUUAUUUCUUAAGAUGAAAA